CGAGUUGCUACCCGGAGGGAGAGCGAGCAGGUGGAAGCGCCACAGCCCCGGCUGCCGCUCCGCUCCCAUCAGCUUUGAGUGGAAGCGACAGACCUUGUAACGCGCAUCUAGUAAGCAAUCAAAUAAAUAAAUAAAUAAAUAAAUAAUAAUUAAUAAUAAACUCCUCUCUUGCAAUGAAAUGCGUAAUAGCGAAAGGGUCCAGAGAAGCGUGGUGAGGUCUUUGCCUUGGAAAAGAGCAGGAGAGACAGACCGCUUCCAAGCAACCUAGCCAGCCCAAAGCCAGCGUCCUCGGUGGAAAGAGAGAGAGAGAGAAAAAAGAUGGUGUUGUAGUUGGGGCAGAAGAGAUCCUCGAAGGAAUUAGCCAGGGCGCUGUUGCAAGAAGCCCCUGGCCAGCUCGGCGUCAGCGUGGCGAGGAUUUCCUCCCUUUCCAAAAAGGAGACUUGGGGGAUGCCGCAAACGCUCCGGAUGACAGCGACGAGAAGGCAGUGCUCUGGCCGGGGUCUGCGCUUCCUCUCCUGGCUGGGCGGCUGGGCUCUCAUCUGCUCUCAAGCUGGUUGGCGUGUGGAUGCCGUCGCUGCUGCUUCCAGCCUGCAGUUGCCUCAGUGCCAGGAGACAGAGUACCACUUUGAAUAUACUGAGUGUGAUAGCAGUGGAUCCAGAUGGAGGGUAGCAGUCCCAAACAUGGAAUGUUCCGGUUUACCCGAUCCUGUCAAAGGGAAGGAAUGCACUUUUUCAUGUUCUUCUGGGGAGUAUCUAGAAAUGAAGAACCAGAUAUGCAGUAAAUGUGCUGAAGGGACUUACUCCUUGGGAAGUGGGAUCAAAUUUGAUGAAUGGGAUGACCUACCUGCAGGAUUCACAAAUGUAGCAACUUACAUGGACACAGCCGUUGACUCGGCUGAGAGGAAAGCAGAUAACUGCGGCAAAUCUUCAUGGACUUCUCGUGGGAAUUACAUCGAAUCAAACAGGGACGACUGCACUGUCUCCUUGAUCUACACUGUGCACUUGAAGAAGUCUGGUUCUGUCAUCUUUGAAUACCAGUAUAUUGACAACAACAUCUUCUUUGAGUUUUUUAUUCAAAAUGACCAGUGUCAAGAGAUGGACUCCACAAGUGAUAAAUGGAUGAAACUGACAGAUAAUGGCGAAUGGGGCUCCCAUUCUGUAACAUUGAAAUCUGGCACUAAUGUAUUAUACUGGAGAACAACAGGGAUCCUGAUGGGUACUCAGGUGGUGAAGCCUGUACUCAUGAAAAACAUCACCAUUGAAGGAGUGGCCUAUACUUCUGAAUGCUUUCCCUGCAAACCUGGUACAUUUAGCAACACGCCAGGCUCUUCCAUUUGCCAGGUCUGCCCUAGAAACACCUAUUCAGAAAAGGGUGCUAAGGAAUGUACACAAUGUCAAGAAGAAACACAUUAUGCAGAGGAAGGAUCAAGCCAAUGUAUAGAACGUCCUCCAUGCUCCAACAAGGACUUUUUCCAAAUCCACACACCAUGUGAUUGGGAUGGAAAGACUCAGCUCAUGUACAAAUGGGUAGAGCCUAAGAUCUGUAGGGAGGAUCUUCCAGAAGCAGUGAAGUUGCCUCCUUCAGGAGAGAGGAAGGAGUGUCCGCCUUGUAACCCUGGUUUUUACAACAACGGCUCAUCUUUCUGCGCUCCUUGUCCCCCGGGCAUGUUUUCUGAUGGAACACGGGAUUGCAAGGCUUGCCCUGCUGGUACCGAACCAGCUCUGGGACUGGAAUAUAAAUGGUGGAAUGUGCUCCCUUUCAACAUGAGGACAUCUUGUUUCAAUGUUGGAAACUCAAAAUGUGAUGGGAUGAAUGGUUGGGAAGUAGCUGGUGACCACAUCCAGAGUGGGGCAGGGGGUACAGAUAAUGACUAUCUCAUUGUGAAUCUUCACAUACCAGGAUUUAAGCCUCCAACAUCAGUAGCAGGGGUGACAGGCUCAGAACUUGGACGGAUCGCUUUUGUGUUUGAGACCAUCUGUUCAUCAGAUUGUGUGCUGUAUUUCAUGGUGGACAUCAAUAAAAAGAACACAAAUGUGGUGGAAUCGUGGAGUGGAACUAAGGAGAGACAGUCCUAUGCUCACAUAAUCUCAAAAAAUGCUUCUUUUACAUUCACCUGGGCUUUCCAGAGAACAAAUCAAGGCCAAGAUAGCAGGAAGCUUAUCAACGACAUGGCAAAGAUCUUCUCAAUAACUGUGACCAAUGCAGUUGAUGGUGUUGCCUCAUCCUGCCGGGCUUGUGCCAUUGGUUCUGAACAGUCUGGCUCCUCCUGCAUCCCAUGCCCUGCUGGGCACUACAUAGAAAAGGAAACUAAUCAAUGCAAGGAGUGUCCUCCUAAUACUUACCUGUCAAUUCAUCAAAUGUAUGGCCAAGAAGCAUGUAUCCCUUGUGGACCUGGCAGUCAAAGCACCAAGGACCAUUCUGCCUGCUUUAGUGACUGCAUGCUCUCAUUCAUCAAGAACAAUCAGAGCCUGACCUACGAUUUUAGCAACUUGAGCAAAGUAGGCUCCUUAAUGAAUGGGCCAAGUUUUACAGCGAAAGGAACCAAAUUCUUCCAUUUCUUCAAUAUCAGCCUGUGUGGGAACCAAGGAGAAAAGACAGCAAUUUGUGCAGACAAUAUAACAGAUAUCAAACUAAAGGAUAUGGUCACAGAAUCAGAAGAUUAUUCCGACAUUGUAAGGGCCUUUGUCUGCCAGUCUACUAUUAUACCACCUGACAGCAAGGGAUUCCGAACUGCUUUGUCACUUCACUCCAACAGCCUCGCUGACAUGUUUCUUGGAGCUACCAUUGAAACAACUCUGGGAAAUAUCAAUGUUAAGCCAGAAAUGUUUGAGCGUUCUGAAAAGACGAUACCUGAUGUGCAUUUCUUUUACAAGUCUUCAAGAGUUACAGCCACUUGUGAAAAUGGACGUGCUUCUGUUGUGACGAUGAGGUGUAACCCAGCAAAACCUGACCAAGGAGAAAUUUCAGUUCCCAGUUCUUGCCCUGCAGGUACCUGUGAUGGAUGUACAUUCUACUUCUUGUGGGAAAGUGCAGACGCCUGCCCCUUGUGCACAGAGCAGGACUAUCAUGAGAUUGAAGGUGCCUGUAAAAAAGGACAUCAGGAAACUUUAUAUGUAUGGAAUGAACCAAGGCUCUGUACAAAAGGGGUUACCUUGCCUGAAAAGAAGAUCAUCAUCUGUGAAACAAUGGAAUUCUGGCUAAAAGUUGGAGCAGGUGUUGGCGCUUUUACAGGGGUCCUCCUGAUUGCCUUAACCUGCUAUUUCUGGAAGAAGAAUCAGAAGCUGGAGUAUAAAUAUUCCAAAUUGGUGAUGACAGCAAAUUCAAAAGAAUGUGAGCUUCCCGCUGCUGACAGCUGUGCGAUCAUGGAAGGGGAAGAUAAUGAAGAGGAAAUAGUAUAUUCAAACAAACAGUCAUUACUAGGAAAGCUCAAAUCACUGGCAACAAAGGAAAAAGAAGACCGCUUUGAGUCAGUUCAACUGAAAUCUUCAAGAUCUCAAAAUAUAUGAAGAUUGUGACUCUGCCUUCAACCAGCAAAUCUGAUUUCUGUUUAUACAGGACCACAUUUUAAACAUGACCUGGCACGCAUCUGAAGGGUGAAUGGUCUCCAGUGGGAAAUGUUGUGCAAUCUAACAUGAAAAAGCUAACAGACAAGGAAAAGAGAUAAAUUUGCCUUAUUGCGAGACUGAGUCACUUGCCAAAAAGGAAAGUCAAGCAGCCGAGCUCAUGAGAUGAGAAUGAAGUUCAACUCAGGAAGAGAGGAAACUCGAGCACUGGCAGCCCAAGAUAUUUUGGUGCCUGUGGCAGAAAAUCCAAAUGGAACCUCCCAGAGUAAUAAAAAUAUAUUAAGAAACUAAAAAGAAGAGAGCUUGCCACCCUUUAAUGCUCUCUGGCCCCAUGAGGUGGAUUGCUUCACCUUGUCCUGAGAGAGAGGUCAUACCUGACAUGGCAUUUACAUGGCAUGACACAGGCUUCAUUACCUGUGCCCCUUUAGUCCCCAUCACUUCGGUCACAUGGAUGAAGCACACUGGCUUUUGGAAAGAGGGGAGACCUUUCCUCAGUCAUCACAAGUAUCUACAGAGGUGUUGAGGUGGCAGAGUAUUCUUUUUCUCUUGAAAUCACAACAGUAUUCACUACUUGAAAUGGAAGAACUGCAUACGGGCUUCUUUUUAAUGCUUGGAAAGGAGAUUGCUUGCAGUGUAAAUUUGUAGUACUUUGUCUAAUGUUAAGGAUCCACCUUUUGCUCCUGGAGAAUCAGCUUCUUGAGGUGCAAAGACAUUGUUAAAAUGGUCAUAAUGGAAGGAUGAACAUGCAAUCCUCUGCAUGUUUACUCAGGUGUAAGCCCUGCUGUGUUCAGUGGAGCUUACUCCUUUAUAGGUAUGUUUAGGAUUACAGCUUUACUCCCUAGAGUCCAACACAGAGUCAGUUCUACUGGCUGAAUGACAUAAUCAGACGUAGGCCCAAUAGACACAGGUAGCCACUCAUCUGGCUUGGAGGGCAAUCAUGCAGAGGUGACUCACCAUGGCAAGCCCUUUUUGUAUGAAACAACUCUUCACAUGGCUGAGGCAAUGUUAGGCAUACCACAACAACUUCCACCCACCUCAAGGAGUUGAAACAGCACAGUAAAGAUUGCUGCAAGCAUAUGGGCUUGUUGCAAGGAACUGAUUUUAUACAGUUUCAUUUCAAGCAGCAACCAUACAGCUCUUGGCAUGUCAGAAGUGACCCUUAAUGUCCCUGAAUGUUCAGACACUAAAAGAAAAGGAGGGGUAUCCCAAAGAGGUAGGCCAUUUUCCACAACGUAUCUGGGCAGUCUAGAAGGAUGACUCGAUCGAAAUGUGACAUACUUGGGCCUCAAAAGAGUGACUGUGAUGGACUCUGGUAUCCCUGCAUACUUGUGAUUUCUUUCCCCAGAAUUACUCUUCUUUGCCUGACUUUGUUGGGAUUCCCCUGCCUGAUUUUGUUGGGUUUUGAAUUUUUGUUGACUUGUGAGUGCACUCCAUUGAUAUGAAAAGUAAUGUCUGAAGUGACCACGGGCUGAUGAGCAUCAUAAUUGGUUAGCAUUGCAUUCAGGCUCUAAUCACCAAAAUGGCACUUUUAACAUUAGUGCUUGUAUUGUGAAUUUAACAUCCAAGGGCUAAGUUGAAGAAGGCAGCACUCAUGGACUGUGUCACCUUUAAAGUUUCCUUCUCCCCCAGAAUCGCAGGCCUCCAGAUGCAUGGCCACAGAGCAGUAGCAGGGCUUAACAUGCCAGAGCAGGGCAGCAUUGACAGGCCAGGUAUUGCCCUUGGGCCUUAUGCUACCCAACACUGAUCUGACGAAUCAACCAUAAGAAUGUCGUGUGUUCUUUAGACUUCCACAAUUUCCAAAAUGAGAUAAAUAUUAUUGUUGAGAAAUAAAUAUUCAUCAGUAUAAAGACA